AUGGGGUACCAACAACACCUAAGCCCAUCCGAUUACUGGAUAACGUCUUCAUCUGCUUCCAGCUUAACCCCAGUUGAUCCGUCUCGCAAUCCACAGUUCUUUUCCAGGUUUACCUUGGCCUGUGUGGCACUCUUCCUUUCGCUGAUACAACAUCCCGAAUGCCCCUCUGCCUUUAUCGAUGCGGGAGCAUAUGUCUACAUCCGUGCCACCGCCCGGGGCAACUUUGCUGCCGAGACCGCAUUGCAUUGGGCAGCUAAACAUGGUAACCAGGAUGUCGUCAAACUAAUAGCCGGCACGUACAAAGCAGACGUGAAUGCUAGAACGAAUGGCGGCUACACUCCCUUACAUGUAUCCAUGCAAUUUGGACGCAAUGAUGUUUUUGAGCUGCUCGUCAAUGUUUACAAAGCCAAUCGUGAUCUAGUGGACUGGAGUGGCAAUAAGCCAUUGGACUACAGCAAACAAAGCACCAGCGUUUCGCCAUCAACCUUCAGCAGUGAGUACUACAGUGAUUUCUAUGCGCAUGAAAUUGAGCCUUACAAUAACAACUGGGCGCGCUCGCUAUUGAAGGGUGCCAGCGGUGGCACUGUACGCAGCAAAAAAUACGCUUCGAAAGCCUACUCGACAAUGACACCCAGCAGUAAGACCAGCGUGACGCGGGCGCAAUCAGUUAUGACAGCGACAGCGCCUACUUCACGGCAGCGUCCCAAAAAGGCAAUGGCCAUGUCCUUAUUCUCACCCGAGCAAGAUCUUUCCAAGCGAUCUGAGGCAAUGUCGCCACCCGCAACACCACUAAAUAUGCAACUAAAUAAAAGCAAUGAUAGCCUAACGCCUGGUACACCAGCGCGUCGAGCUAGCGAUGAUGGCGUCUCGAUUUCUAGCGCUGGUAGUGCGAAAAGUGAGGAAAAUGGUGUUGGCAUUGCAAUGGGCAAAUUUGCAGAGCAAAGUGCCAAAGAUACGCCAAAGAAAAGUACUCAACGACGUAAAGAGAGUUUCUUGCGUAAAACGCUGCGUGCCGCCGUCGCUGGCAACCGAAAUACCAACGAGCAUGUGACUAAUCCAUCACUUGUGGAAAAGGCAAAGAAAAAAGCAGCAGCCGAAAAAGAUUCCGGGUUCCUUCGGAUUGGUUCUUUGAAUGUCCGAGUGAAGAAGACAACAGAAGCGUUCAGCAACUUCUUGGGAGUGGGCAAUGCUCAUACGCUCUCUCACACAGGAGCGGCAAGUCGUCUUCACCAGCGAUCUCACCGACACCAUCCGCAAGGUCAUCAUCAUCAUCCUCUCGGUGGUACGACACGGAAUCCGAUGACGAAGACCAAACCAUUAGGGUUUGAAACUCUUGGCGGCAAAAGUAGUAAUAAAAGUAGUAACAAAAAGCUAAAUGUAUCCUCACGUGCAAGUGUUCCUGUCAACAUGAAUAGUCUAACAAGUAAUUUUGAAAACUUGCACAAAACUUGGGGCUCUGCUGAUAAUAUACAACACCACGAAGACAACCAAGGCGACAAGGCAAUUAUGCCACCGCCGAAGAAUAUGGAUGCGCUUGUAAAGAAAAGGCUAAAAUCUAUAACGACUCCAACAAUCCGCUCAUCGGUCACUUCGUCCGUGGUAACGGAUUCUCCACGUGAUUCCAUUUCAUCAUCGAAUUCCAGUUCGAAUCUAGUUUUUGGCUACAGCAGUAUGCCUACGACGCCGAGUCAAAAACGAGCGCCUAUUGGGCGAACCCCAUCUGAUAUGCUAAUGGACUCAGACUCAGAUUCCGCCUGUGGCUUCGAUGCGAAUUGGGCAAUGAGUGGUCGGUCUUCGGUGAGCAGUGGCAAUUUGCAAGUUCCGCAAUGUUGAUAUAUUUGUAUAUUAAAAUGCUUAUGUACAUUUGAAGGAUAGGUAGGAAGGCUCAAUCAAAAAAUGGGAAUACACCCACUUUUAUUUUUAUUUUAGGUGCAUUAUGUGUAUUAUGAUCUAAUUAUAAAUACUACUUAAAUGUAUUACUAUGUAAAGCCAUGAAAAUAUAAAAAUUUCUUU